AUGAGAAACUUUGCAAAGAAAAGCAAGGUGAUUUUAAAGAAAGGGAACAAACCUGGUGUGAUUACGGAUGCAGUUGGUCUACGACAAUGGAAAGUGAAACUCGUGGGGACGGACGGUAGACUUUACGGCGCUGAGCUUGAAAAGACUUCUCAGCAGCUGCGGCAUCCCGUUGACGAUGAGUAUCCCGAUUCCCCAGUUCCGUCCUCUAGCUCCGGCUCUUCGGCUGAUUCCUCCGGUCCUGAUUACCGCUGGGAAAACCAUUUGAAGCCCAACGUUUCCGACUGCACGGACGGAUCGACAGCAGGGGAAUCAUCUACAGGCGUUGUUGUCGAUGAUCCGGACGACUUGAUAGAAGAGGUCCCCAUUUUUCUUCAUGAUGUUGAGUACGGAGAAGAGAUUGCACUUGAACCAAAUGAUUUGGUUGCAGCAAGGGGCAUCGAGUUGGAUGAUGACAAGCACAAAGCAAAAUGGGACGUUUACACAAUUGAAAAGGAGAAGCUUGUUGCCGAAAAGUGGACCGUGAAGCGUAAGCCUCCGUCGCAGCAAGAGCUACAGAUUGGUUGCAAGGUCAAAGAAAGGCGCAAAGGAGGAAGAGUUGGCCGUAUCAUUGAAGAUGAUCGUGACGAAGGUGGGAAGCCAUGCUGGUCAAUUCUAUUUGAGGGAGAACCUGAGGUAACUCCCAACGUUCCGUCCACCAAAAUCAGCCAAAUAAAAGACAAAAGAGUCUUCGUAUGGGAGGCAGUUGAAGACUCGGUCCCUGACAAUCCGGUCGAUUCGGAACCAUACGCUACCACCGGUGUUGUGGGCACCUGUGGCCUGGUAGUUGGCGUGAACAGCUUCGAUGCUUGA